AAAAAUCGUUAGGUCGGCAUUACCCAAUCCCUAAGCGGCUAAGCCGCGUUCUAGAUUUCUAAUCAUCCUUGGCAAUGACUAUACAACCAUUUUAGAAACCUUGGCUCUUAAGAAAUCAUUUCUUUACUGCCCUGUUUUUAAGCGCGUCACAGGGUUGUGGUCUUGUGGGAUUUUGAAAUCAGAUCGGGAUCUGAAUCAGUUGGAUUAUCAUAGUUCCAUCAUGUCGAUGCUCGAUUCCUUCUUCAACAAGGGCUUCAAAGGUUCGAAAUGUAAAACCCUAUUGAAACUUACAAUCCCUCGCAUAAAGUUGUUAAGGAACAGGAGAGAGAUUCAGAUAAAGCAAAUGCGCCGAGACAUUGCUAAGCUUCUUGAGACUGGUCAAGAAGCUACUGCUCGAAUCCGGGUGGAGCAUAUAAUAAGAGAAGAGAAUAUGAUGGCUGCUCAAGAGAUCAUUGAGCUGUACUGUGAGCUUAUUUCUGUUCGCCUCCCAAUCAUUGAAACACAAAGGGAAUGUCCCUUAGACCUGAAGGAAGCAAUAUCGAGUUUGUGUUUUGCUGCACCGAGAUGUGCAGAUCUACCAGAGCUGCUGCAGGUUCAAAUGCUAAUGGCCUCCAAAUAUGGGAAGGAAUUUGUAGCGGCUGCAACUGAGCUCAUGCCAGAUUGUGGUGUUUGUCGCCAGUUGAUUGAACUGCUUUCUGUCCGUGCUCCUUCUCCUGAUGUGAAACUGAAGCUACUCAAGGAAAUUGCUGAAGAGCAUGGGCUAGAUUGGGAUCCAGCUGCCUCUGAAACUGAGUUUUUCAAGCCACAUGAAGACUUGCUGAAUGGCCCAACACAGUUUGUCAGUGGAUCUAAAUUGCCUCUUCCCAAGGAGAAACAUGAUGAAUCAUUGCACUCUGCCAGUGAACAAACACCCAAGGAAGAGGAUUCUGAUUCUGAUGCUGGCUUCUUCGACCCAUUAGAUUUUCCUGAAGUUCCCAAGGCAACAUCACAGCCAAGAGUGGAUGCCGUCUCCCCCCCUGCCAUGUUCCCACCUUCUCCAUCUGCUCCUCACCCUCAAGUUAAUUAUGAAGCACUAAGACAUUCUGAAGUUAAUGAAAACCUAUUACGUCAACCACAUCCACAACCUCAGGAAGCAGCGGAAGAAAGAACAGUGGCUGACCGAAAUGAAUCGCCUGAUGUUUCAGUCAAAGCUAUGGAAGAUAAACAGUUUGUGCCAUCAUUUCUCGCCCGAUAUUGGCUUCUGCAUCAUUUUCAGCAAGGCAAAAUAAUCCACCUCCACCUCCCCAGUCUCUCAAGAACCAAAACUGAGGCCGAUAUUGAUUUGCAGGAUGUAUUGGCUGCUGCUCAGGAGGCUGCAGAAAGUGCUGAACGGGCUGCUGCAGCAGCCCGCUCAGCAGCUAGCCUUGCACAGGUCAGAAUUGCUGAAAUCAUGAAGAGAAAUGAUCAGGUCCUUGAUAGUAGCUGUGAGAAUCCAUUCCAUAUUGAUACAUCUGAUCAAUCACCUACAACAGAAAAGCCACAUGUCGAUCAUCACAACUCUCUGGGUGAUUCUGAUGGUGUUUCAAAUCCCUUGGAUGCUCAUCAAGACCCUGAGAAUUACCAGGCAUCAGAGGCAUUGAAUCUCCUUCAUAUGACAGAGACAAGGUGGGGAUUGAUUCCUCACCAUCCGAUGAUCAUGUGAUUGAAGACAAGCCUGCUCAUCACCAACCUCAGAGAUUGCCCUCCAUGGACGACGACUCAUAUUUUUCGUACCCAAACUUAUUCACCUCACAGGGAUCAAAUCUUGGAUCUGGUGUUCAUUCGUUUACGGAUACUUCCCAAUCCACUCAUGAGCACUGAAUCUGAACAACUUGCCAACAAGAUGUUUGCUCAUCUGUUUUUUAAGCUCUUGCUGGUGAGUGGAUUUUAUGUUAUUAGGCUUGUAUGAAGUGCCUUCAUGGUUCUUUCUUUCCUGUAAAGUAGUGCAGCUAUCAGACAUUUCGGAAGCAUAAUUUGUUAUUAUUGGCUUCCUUGGUGGAAUGCAGCAUAGAGAAAAAAAAUACUACCUGUGUGGUAGGGAAGCCAUACCGGGUUUUUUUUUACAUCAUUAUGUGCUAGUUAACUUGUAGGAAUAUUUGUGUAAAAACCUUGAUGUUUUGCUGGAAAUAAAGGUUACUUUACCUA